UUUCUGCAGGUUUGAGUGAUUCGUGGAACGACAAUGCCGAGUGAAAACGGAAGUGCGGACCAGCACAUAGAUAAGGUUCAAGCUUUGUAUAAUAAUUACGAGAUUUUGGAUAAAAAUAAAGAUGAGAAGGAAGUGCGGACGCGAGCGUAUUUGGAAAUCAUAGCUGCUGUACGCGGACUUCCGCAAGAGAAGCAACUUGCAGCGCAGUUUAUCCCGAGGUUCUUCAAGCAGUUCUUGGAAUUGGGUGAAAGACCGGUAGAGGCGAUGCUGGAUCUCUGCGAGGAUGAGGAUGUGAAUAUUCGCAAGCAAGCCGUGAAGGCGCUUCCUUCGAUUUGUCGGGACGCUCCGGAAAACGUUUUUAAAAUUGCAGACGUAUUGGCACAGUUGAGCCAGUCGGACGAUAACCUCGAACUUGGCGUAGUUUUCAACGCACUGGUCAGCAUUUUCUCCAUCGACCCGAAGGAAACCAUUCGUGGUAUUUUCGGCCAGGUGCAACAAAAUGAGCAAGAAAUAAUUCGCGAGCGUUGCUUGAAGUUUAUGACGGCGAAGAUGCAAGUUUGGAUCGAAGGUGGGAGUAUGACGAAAGAAGUUGAAGAAGUUAUCACUCAAGAAGCUCGCAAGUGUCUACCCGACUUGAACGCCAACGAAUUCCUCAUUCUCAUGUCCAUACUGGCUCAGACGAAACUCUCAAAAACCGUCACCGGACAACAGAGUUUGAUUGAUCUCGUGGCGGAGAAGAUGGAGGUUGACGUGCCUCUAAAAACCCUCGACGCUGAGAACAUCGACAGACUCCUUCGGUGUCUCCGAGAAGCUCUGCCAUUUUUCUCGACGCAAUCAAAUUCUGACAAAUACGUGCAUUAUUUGAUAACCAUGGUGUUUCCUUUCCUCGACGACAUUGCAGCCGAAAUCUCGCAUUUGAAGAUCGAAAUUUUCAAACUCUUCGCGGAGCUGGCGUCGUUUACUAGUUCCGACUUCGCCACGAAUCACCCUGAGGAUUUGGAAGCCAUUUACAAUGCAGUGGUUGGUUUGUUAGUCUUGCCGCCACAGCUUAAAGAAGGUGAAGAAGAAGAAUCGCAGAAAAUGGGAGACGACGAUGGCGAGCCGAAUUUGGAGUUGUCGCAAAUCGAGUGCAUGUUGUAUGCGUUCCACCGCUUACUCCAGCAUGCGCCUGAGUUCUUCAAAAAGGAAGGCGAAGACAAGGUUGAGGAGCGGUUGGUGGACUUGCGGAAACGAUUGACGUACUUGUCGCGUCGCGUCCAAGUGUACAUAAAAACUUUACAAGAGAAACUGAAGGGAAAGACUGCGGAAGAGUUGAAGCGCGAAGACAACAAAAUCCGUCUCAUCGCGCUUCGCACUACGGCAAACGUGAACUCACUCACGCGCGACUUUUUCCACACGCCGCCGGUGUUCCGCAGUUUCGUAGUGUUGUCGUGGAAACCGGCGUCUGGAUCAGGCGUAUCCGGUGCCAGUGGCGGAGGCGGCGGUGGUGGUGGUGGACGUCACCACCCGGGUGCCGGCAAGCGGAAGCCAAUCGCCUUUGACGAGGAGUCCAACAAGCACAGCGGGCGUCCGUUGUACGAGCCGCCGGGGGGAAAGUUCUCCAAGCGCGUGGAUAAGUAUACAGGGCAGUUUUCAGGGCGAGGGUUCCGAGGAGGUGGCGGCGGCGGUGGGCGGUUCCAUCGUGGACGCCGCGGCGGCGGCGGUGGCUACACGCGGUUCAACAACCGCUACUAACUUCUUCUUGUCUCUUCACCCAACCCCCAUCAUUUUUCUGCACGACGUGUUUUUUUUUUCUUUGCCUCUUUAGAAUCUUUCUUCUAAUUUUUUUCUUCUGCGUUUUACUUUUAUUCUCUCAUCUGACAUAAACUAAGAAAAAGAGAAAAAUAAUUCUGUUAUGCUUGUUUAUAUCCCUGCUUUUGAGCGCUGCAGUCACGAACCUGGUGACGAAAAUUUGUUGUUAGUCCUUUGUGGCGUUGUUUUGUUCUUGCACUUGCUGUUGCCUUUAUUAUCAUUAUUAUUUUAUUGCCGUUGAUGUAGAUUUUUUUUCUCAGUUUUCUAAAGCAUGGUUGAAGUCGAAAAAAAAAAUUCCGGUUCGUUUUUUGUUGUUGAAACUAAUCCACCCGAGUUUCACUGAUGCAAGGCUUUUAAUCCCUCUCCACUCUUGUCCUUCAUAAGCUGUCAUUCGUUUGUUUCAAAAUCGUGUGAAUUCCAUGGCACUGAUAACUGGAAUCAUGCGUGGUUUCAUGGAUCACGGGGAUCUCUGCAGCUUUUCAACGAUAACUUUUCUUUUGCCUUUCUUGUAGUUCUUGUUGUGCUCAUGUUUUGCAAAGGGUUUCCGAAUAGCUCAUUUUCAGUGGGGAAUUGCAUCGUUUCGAACUCGGUUAAAAUUCAAGACACUAAAUUGUGGAGAAUUGGAAACCCGCAUGAACACGAGGCCUUCUGGGCAUCUGUUUGCGGAGGAAACCUAACUUUACCCUUUUCCACUUCACGUGAACUUCGGAAACCCCCUUUAAAUGUUACGCUGAUUUGAGUGGUAAUGUUCGAUAAUUUGAUUAUUCUUUGCACAACGUGAGCGUUUUGGUCAGAUUCGUAUUAGCGUAAAGUCUUUCAAUUCUUGAGUGAAGUCGAUUUUUUUUAUUAUUAAACAUCAACGUUCUCGGGGAUUCUUUAGAUAUGAGUUUGGGAUUUGAACAAAAAGUGAUUGGUUGUCGUGCUCGCUGUAUACGUGGUGUGGGACUUGACUGGUUUGGUGAAAACAAAACAACAGCGAAAAACUGUAGAGGAAUCGGUAAGUUGGUUCUUCUCCACAGGUGUGUCGGCCGGCAGAGGCCAGAAGACAACGCUGGAGACUUCAGUUGGCUUCUUCAGAUUUGUGUUGCUGGGAGUGAUGACUGGGGGGAUUUUUUCCGUGAAGUUUUUUUCGAUCAUAAAGCAACAAGAAAAAAUAAGAAACGUUUCAUAAUCUCGUUUCAUUUCGUGUUUACUUCAUGUGCUGAUGAGAAGAGAGCGAGUCAAACGCGGUCGUGUCGAAAGUUGCGUUCGGAAAAUUUAUACCUACUCAUGAGUGAA